GCCCUCCAUGCCUCCCAUCUAUCGCCUUCGCCCAAGAUCAGGUUGCGGAUAGCUCGUUGUUUCUGUCUCUAUUGAUAUUCCGCUUUCUAUCGACGGAGAACUUCAUCUGCUGUCGGGUUGGUGAAUCGAAAGACCAGUAUGGCUACCGGUGCCAGACAGGAUGCGAUGCCCACGAUGCGCGAAUGUGACUUGAACCGUGUGGGCGCUUAAUCCACCAAUCUCAACUGGGCGGUUGGGCAAGACUGUUUCUUCACACUAUGUCCUUCCGACCAUUGACUGCGGCUGAACAUGCCCAGGUUCAAUAUCAACACUCCCCAAGAACUCCCACCGUCAUUAUUCCUCUCCCUCCUCCACCACCACCACCGAGGGAUGGCCAGUCUACGGCCUCUUCAGUGCGCCUCGGCCAUGUCCCCCUUCCACCGCCAUUGAACAUCAACAUUGUCUCUGCGCGUGGUCUGUCGUCUCCAGGUCCCGUCUCCGCUCCUUUGUUGCACGGUCCCUUCUCGCCGACGUACAUCAAUUCGCCUGUCCCAAGUCCUCAAAGUGCUAUACCGAUGGCUGCAAGAGUGUCGGGAAACUACAACGUGCCUUAUGACCCUAGGGAGUGGGUGGGAGGGAGUCGAAGAACGUCAUUUGGAUCAGAUUGUCGGAAUCCGGGGCCUCAAGCAGAAGAAGGGCUUUCCAAUCCACCGCCACCGUAUUCAGCUGCUGCCGCUGCAGCGACAGGUGUUACUGUUCGUGAGGCCACCAGUGCUGGGUCGACUAUAUCGCCUGCGGACUCGACGUUCACAGCUCCUGGAAAUCAAUCCCAGUUAAACACUCCAAAUAGUACUGUGGGAGUGCUGUCACCACUGAACCAGGGAUCUCAUUCUCUAGGUGACAGCGGCCAGACCAUCACGGACACAAAUGGACCAAAAUAUUUCGGCCCUUCAGGGCGAUCCGGUGGUUUCGACCACCACCAGGGCCGCUUGAGUAUAUCGUCGCAGCAACAUGGAUCCCGGCCAAGUUCUGCCUUGGGUGUGGCGAGACAUCCUCUAGGAACAUCUCUGUCGAUAAAUACGGUGGCCGCGCAGCAGAACGUGCCUAUUUAUCCACCAAUGGAUGCAAACCUGGGACAACAUCCCGCUCCGCCAGCGUCAAGAAGAGCUGCGUCCGCGGAUGGAUAUUCUUCUCAGCCGCCAUCGGUUCCGAGUCAAGAAGAAUCGUCGUCGAGAUCAUCUUCCAAACAGAGAAGUUGGAUUCCAGGAAUGCCUCUACCUGGUCCGCCUCCAGGUCCACCUCCAUCGGCCUCAAGGUCACAGAGUGCAGGUGGAAGUCGGGCUCUUACUCAACCACCGGCGGCUGGACCCAGCAAUCGAUCAAGUCAUCGCGUACCACUGCAUGCGCCUCUUCUCAGCCCCAUGCCUCCUACACCUGCAAAUUGGAGGGAUGAGUCUACUCAUCGAUCUAGCUCCAGAACCCCGAUGCCGUUACAUAUUGAGACCACAAACCUCGAUCGACCGGGCUCGACGACUACUGGUUUGAGCAGAAGCGCUGCUCUCCGAGUCUCCUCUGCAAAAGGUCUGCUGGAACGUCGGAAGCAACGCCGUAGUCUUCACGAGGCUCAACUGGCCGAUCUCAGCGCCUUAACCAUUGAUACUGACCCCUGGCUCGACGGCUUGAGCCCGGGCGGUAUUAGUCCCGAACAAUCACCUACCUUGAGCUCAUUGGCACCAGAACGAGCCAGCCCCGAAACUGCUCGAAGAGGUCUACGGACCAGCAGCAGGACCAGGAACCGACUUCGAAGUAACGAUCUCGAUUAUCAACCGCUAGAUUCACCGUUUCCUCCCGGCUUGUCAUUGAGGAGUAGCCGAACACCGCUGGUCCCGCCAAAGUCGCUGCCUACACCACCACUGAGUCAGAAGAACCCCACUUCUGCGCACAGUGUUCUUCCUUCAACAGCGUCUUCGGUGUCUGAACUCGCCCAAGUUGAAUAUGAUCCGUUCAUGGAAGAAGCUUCGCGGCGGCAUCAACAAUUUCUCGUAAGGGAGAGCCAAGCAAACACCGAGCUAGAGAGAUUGCAGCUUUUUAUGGAAUUUGUGGUCGAGGAGUCGAAGAUCCGGAGGCAGCAUUAUCCAACCCCGUUUGCUGAUGGAACUUUCAAUCCAGAGGAAGGCAAACAGCGGCUCUUCAGUGAUCUCAGGACGACUGGCCAAGGUGAGGUACGAGCUACGGCACCCGGCAGAAUGCGAUCACCUAUGCACGGGAUGCGGAUCGAUCCGACUCAACUUAGCGAGAUGUGGUCAAAGGAGUACCGCCCAGAGCUUUCACCGAUUGCCAGUAUGAGUAACGAUGGACUCAGUUCCCGCGGUCGAACUGCUAGCCGAUGGUGGCAGUCACAAACUGGCUCGGAAACUGACAGCGUAUCGAACAAGAUGAAAAGGUCGAAGAGGGAGUCCAAAUAUAUGGGUCUCUCUGCCCUGUCGAUGCAAGAAGUGCUGUCCGAGUCCGCGACACCAACCAAUAUCAACGAAGUAUACAGCUCGACAGAAGGCUAUGCUGCUGAAAAAGCCAACCCAGAGACAUUUGGCAUCUACGAGGACCUCGAGCCUCAACAGAUGCAACAGACCACCUCACCAGAUCCAUUGUCUCCAGUUGGGCUUGAUAUCUCACGGUUCAUUACUCUACCUCCACCAUACCCUCGACACCACCCUGCCGUCAACAACAGCCAUCCGAAGUUGGCCACGUAUCGGAAGCUCGUCCGAACACUCAGUGACUUGAGUGAAUUACAGAAUAGGAAAUCACGCCAUGACUUGAGUGUUGAGGCUUUGAGGACCGAGCACAAACGCAAGAUUGCUGAGGGGCAGAAGAACUUUCGGACCAAUAUUUCGGCACAGAUCAACGAGGGCAGUAUCACGUAUGCGGAAGCUGCAGAAGCGGAGCAGGCCCUCAAGAUGGAGGAGAACAUGUCUGAGAAAACCUGCCUUCAAGCGGAGUUCGAUACGUUGCAGGACGUGGUGAUCAACCCGAUGCACGAAAUGCUCCAUGAGCGUGCAAGGCAACUCAGUGCCCACAUGACUGCAUUGGCCGAGCAGCUGGAGGCAGACAUGCAGGCUUCGGACCUCGAUCGACCACAACAAGAGGGAGAUGCUAUGCCCGAAAUCUUAGAGUAUCUCACCCAGUUGAAGUGGUUGUUUGAAACCCGGGAAACUGUCCAUAAGGAAAUAUUCGACCUCCUCACCGCGCGGAAUGACAAAUACAAAGCCAUUGUGCUUCUACCUUAUCACCAGGUGAGUAAUUUCGACAAGAUCCGAGACACAGAGGAUUUCUUCAAUCGCGACAGUGCCGAGCGACACAAGGCAUUUUAUGAAGAAGCACUGGUCCGUCAUCAACGCUUUGUCGACCUCGUUGCAGACCAUGUUCGAGACGAAGUCCAGCUGCAGUCGUCUGCGUUUUGGGACAUCGCGCCUGGAUUGCUGGAUCUGCUCCAUAAGAUUCCCGAUGACUUGGAUCGGUUCGGCGCCAUUGCGGUUCCCGACGCUGAAUAUGCCGAGAACCCCGAAUACCGGCAGUUUCCGCAACAAUACCUUUUCACAUUGCUUGAUCACGCGGAGAAAUCGACGUAUCAGUUCAUAGAAUCCCAAAGCAACCUCCACUGUCUGCUCCAUGAAGUCAAAGUUGGGUUAAUAGCAGCAACAGGUCGAGCUGCUGAAGCCCGGCGAGCUCGCGCCGAACUGGAUGGCCCAGUAUCAGGAGAGGACCCCAAGAAAGUUCGAGACGAGCAAGAGAGAACAGCUACCGCAGAGUUGAAGCAGCAAGUGGCAAUGAUUGAGGAACAAUGGCUCGAAGCCCUGGGGAGUGCCCUGCAAGGAAAGAAAGGACAGGUCAAGAUGUUCUUAGAAAGUGUCGGUGGCUGGGAUGAAUCCCUACAGGCCGCGGAAUGACCUGGGAGCAUUCUUGCCGGGGGGAGGUUCAGAAGACGGCAUUGAGAUGAUACCAACUGAGCGACUCACUAGUAUGUAUGGCUAUGAAUAAUGAAGGAAUGACCGGACUUGUGCACAAUACGAUGAUGGACUAGUCGUUUCCUAUCCUGGCGACUCCCUCUUUGCCUUCGGAUCGUAUUGGGUAUAGUAGUAGCAGUCGUCUGUACGAUAUCAAUUCGAGGGUUCCAUGUUCUCAGGAC